GGGCAGAAGUGCGGUGCGGCAGUCGCACGUGGUCGCGUUUAGAUGACGUAGCGUCAUAGCAUUGGAGAAAGCUGUUGGAGCUGCGGCAUGGCUUCGGUGGUGCUGAGUGAAGCGGAGAAGGUGUACGUUCUGCACGGGGUACAGGAUGAUUUGCGGACAGAUGGCAGAGGAUGUGAAGACUACAGAGGGAUUGAAGUGGAGACAGAUGUUGUGUCCAACACUACUGGAUCUGCCCGUGUAAAAAUUGGUCACACAGAUGUACUGGUUGGAGUCAAAGCAGAAAUGGCGACACCUAAGUUGGAGCGACCUUGUGAAGGAUACUUAGAGUUUUUUGUGGACUGCUCAGCAAAUGCGACUCCAGAGUUUGAAGGUCGUGGGGGAGAAGAGCUUGGCACAGAGAUAGCAAAUAUGCUGUACAAGAUAUUUGAGAACAAGAGCAGUAUUGACCUUGAAUCCCUCUGCAUUUUGCCAAGAGAGCAUUGCUGGGCCCUUUAUAUUGAUGUUCUGCUUUUAGAGUGUGGUGGAAACUUGUUUGAUACCAUAUCCAUCGGUGUUAAGGCAGCAGUAUUUAAUACAAGGAUACCUAAAGUGAGUGUUUUGGAAGAUGAUGAGGGAACUAAAGAAAUCGAACUGUCAGAUGAUCCUUACGACUGCAUGCGGCUCAAUGUAGAAGGUGUCCCGUGUAUUGUCACAUUAAGCAAAAUAGGUCACCGACAUGUGGUAGAUGCCACCCUGCAGGAAGAGGCCUGCUCCUUGGCCAGUGUACUUGUUGCUAUAAACAGCAAAAGCACCCUGACUUGCAUGAGAAAAAUGGGCAAAGGAAGCUUGGAUCCUGAAAGCAUCUUUGAGAUGAUUGAGACAGGAAAACGCGUUGCAAAGUCCCUGCACUCCUCCCUACAGAGUGUGUUAAACCAGGAGGAAAGUAUGGGGAAAAAGAGACAGAAAAUUGGUUUCCUGAGGUGAUCUGUUAAAACAUUUUGUGUUUUUUUCCAAUAAUAAAGAGUUAUUUUUACAC